AUGCUGAUUGGAGCCAGCGUGUUCUACGACCUGCUUCGUGCCGAACGCGUAUCACUGGGACCCAACAAGCCGAUCAUACAAGAAACCGCCCUAGGUUGGGUGGUAGCCGGAUUCUUUGAGUCAACAAUCUCCAAUCAGAAGGCUCCAAUGUGCUUUGUGUCCAGCAUCGACUCUGAAGAACAGUCAUUAAGCAAGCUAGUUGCAAAAUUCUGGGAGAUGGAAGAUUUUAAACCAAGCAAGCACCUGACAAAGGAGGAGAAGUUUUGCGAAGAGCAUUACAAGCAGACUACAGUCCGUGACGCAACCGGACGCUAUGUGGUAAGGCCAUUCACUGCGAUGCAACGGCAGUUACAGAGGGAUCCGGAGAAAUACUGUCUGUACCAUAAAUACAUGGAAGCUUUCCUGGCAGCCAACCACAUUUCAAGGAUUCCCCCGGAUCCAAAUCAUCCAAAAAUCAUCUACGUGGCACACCAUGGAGUCACCAAGGCAAACAGUAGCACUACGAAGCUUCGUGUAGUGGUUAACGCAGCCCAAAAAUCAUCCAAUGGUCUGUCACUCAACGAUCUGCUGGCAACCGGUCCCAUCGUGCAGGACACACUUUACAACCUGCUGAUCAACUUCCGUUUGCAUGCCGUUGUGAUUACGGGAGACAUUGAGAAGAUGUAUCUGCAGAUGCGUGUAACUGUGGAAGAUAGUAAGCUCAUCCGAAUGCUAUGGCAGGAGCAAGGACAACCGCUGGCGGAAUACGGAAUCAACACGGUCACCUUUGGAAUGUCUUGUGCGUCAUAUCUAGCCACCAGAACAUUAAACCACCUAGCAGCGGACGAAGGCCAUGAGUUUCCGAUAGCAAUGGACGCGAUUGACGACUUUUACGUCGACGAUAUACUAUCCGGUGCUGCCACACGCGAAGAAACGAUCGAAAAGCGUCGUCAACUUUCCGCAAUGCUGCAACGAGGAAGUUUCGUCAUCCAAAAAUAG